AUGGAUAAGGAGAACGUAACCUUAUCGGCUGGUACCAGCUUGACAGGUGGCGGCGCGGAUGCUCAUAGCAACACAAGUCUCGGCCAAAACCUCGCACUCAGCCCAUCUCGCGGCCUUGGAAUUGUCGCAAAUGGCACCGAUAAAGCUCUCGGAGGCUCAGUUGCACCCCAGCGAUUCGCUCCGCCUCAGCCCGCCCAAACAUCUGCACCUCUACGGUCGCCAUCAGCAAAUGCCGGCGGUGUCAAGCGCGGUGCCUCCCUGCUCGAAAAGCCCGAACCCAAGAAAGCUCGACCGAGAAAAGACAACGCAGGUCAUAAAGGCAAGUCGUCCGCGGUAAACAAAUCAGGUUUGCAAGGCUCCGGACAACCCUCCGAUGCUAUUGACCCCGACUCAUGCGGGAAGCACCUUGCACAGUUGAUGACACGACUUCAUCGCGUAUGCAAAGAAGAGGGCCACCCUGAACGACUCUUCGAGCUGACCGCUCAGAAGAUCCUGCGGGAUGCUUCGAUAGACAAUAUACUAGUUGUGUUGAGGAGCCGAUGGUCGAAAAAGCUGUCCCGACAUGCGACUGAUAGCAAGAAAACCUCUGAGAACAAGACGGCUGAUAGCAAGCCUUUCGGUCUCCAUCCGGUCGAUAUUCUGAUAUUAGACAGUCUCUGGACGCAGAAAGAACUACAUGGUGCCAAGAGGUCAUCCCUUCGUUCGCGGAUCCAGUUAGAAAAGGACAGUUUUCGCUCAAGCGGCGGUAGCUGGCCGAUAGGCGAAUGGACACCUGCAGAGGAGACGAAAUGGGGAUCUACCAACGGGGCAGGCGACACCGACAAGAAUGCGGCCAGCGAUGACGAGGAUGGAGCCUUCACAGACGAUUUGAAGCAUGACACCUCAUCAGGACCAAAUUUCGGGCAAGGCGGUCCUGCUCGGCACACAGAACUCGAGGGUGGCAACGAAGCCAGACCCGUCAUGCCACUGACAAAUGCACCGUUUCAGAUGCCCUCGUUCCUCGGAGAACAUGAUGCUAGUAGCAAGCCAGCCAUCACUACUAGAAGGGGAAAUGAGGACAUUACUACCCAUAAUACAACCAGCAACAUCAAAGAUUUCCGGGCACCUUCUACUCCGAGCCGAGCAUCUACCAGUAGUACCAGCGUCAAACAGACUGUCGCAGUGAAUGAACAGCAGUCGGCCCUCGGCAAGUCAUCUUCAGACAUCCAGAUCAAGUCAGAGAACCAGUCCCCGAGUUUUCUACCCGCUGUAUUCAGUGUUCCUACGCGUACCAAUGGCGACGGAAACGCAAAUCAGGAUCGAGUGGCAUCGGCAAAGGGCCAAAUUACGCAAGCAAACAUUGAGGUCAAACCCGAGAACAAACCCCCUAGACAAUUACCUGAUCAGGUAGUUCCUCCUGCGCCAACUGGUGUCAAAGAGACUACAGGUCAGAAGCUCGCACAUGCCGCAGUAGAUCCGGGCCAGGCUAAAGACAUGUCCAAUGCGACUACCAUCCAAGCUCAGGAUACCGAGCCAAUUACCGUAUCCGACGACGAUAUGGAUGAUGAUGUUAUGUCUAUCGAUCAGAAGCCGUCUCGGACUAGCAAGAAGACUCGCCAGAAACCAGCAAAGCCACAAUUAACGAUACAGGGAACCAACGCCAAGGCCGAGCAGCUGACCGAACGGUUAGAGCGCCGCGAGUCUGUCUCAACACGUCCGUCGCCAGCGACUAUCCGUCCUUCCUUUCCUAUCCAAAAUCAAAUGGAUAGUGUUGGUGCAAACCGCGAAGGUGGGCUUCACCAGAUCGUUAAUCAUGGGCUUCAACAUCAAGGCUUCAACGUCGCCCAUCCUGGCGGCUGGAGACACCCGUGGCCGUCCUCGUCCCUGAGUCGUCGCAUCAUAUUUCCCGUACAGGUCGAACCGUGGUAUCCCAACCAGGGCCAUGUCGCCAGUAUGCCAUAUACAGGCGCGACCCACCCAUACCCACCCCCAGGCACCUUACAUGCCCCGCCGCCCUCUAUGGUACAGAUGCCACCUUAUGAUGGAUACGGCCAGCAGGAUCCCAGCCUUUGCUUCGGACUUUCUGGGCGCGAGGCAAUGGCCACAAACUCACGUUGGUAUGGGCAGCCGGAAAUGGCAUCUCCACAUCAUGGCGGUGGUGCGCAGGGUAGCUGCUUUCGUAGAAGGGCUGAUGGAUCGCGCGAGAUGCGUCGUGAUUCUGAGUGGAACGAUGGACAGUAA